AAGUAUGCUAAAAAAGUGAACAGUAAUUUUAUGUAUUAUACGUUCAACACUGCCUAAGAUGGCAUAUAAUUACAAAAAACAAAUUAGUCACAUUGCGUGCUAGAGAACUGUUACAAAUUAUAAUAUAUAGAUCAUAAAUAUUUAAAAAAACGGAAAUCGUCACGCGAAUUUGUAACCAAUGGACGGAAACGCAAAUUUAUAUGACUCAAACUAACGCCCCUGUUUAUUGUCAAUGGUGUUCGUUGUUGUAAAAGAUGGCUAGAGAAUACGAUCAUUUAUUUAAACUUCUUAUUAUUGGGGACAGUGGUGUCGGAAAGAGUAGUCUCCUUCUUAGGUUUGCUGACAACACAUUUACAGGAAAUUAUAUCACAACCAUUGGAGUAGAUUUCAAAAUUAGGACAAUUGAGGUAGACGGAGAGCGAGUAAAGCUCCAGAUCUGGGACACUGCGGGACAAGAACGUUUUAGAACCAUUACGUCUACAUAUUAUCGAGGGACCCACGGAGUUAUAGUUGUUUAUGACGUUACAAAUGGAGAGUCGUUUGCUAACGUAAAAAGGUGGCUGCAUGAAAUAGAUCAAAACUGUGAUGUCGUCAACAGAAUAUUAGUUGGCAACAAGAACGAUGACCCUGACAAUAAGGUUGUGUUAAAAGAAGAUGCUCAGAGGUUUACAGACCACAUGGGAAUCAUGCUGUUUGAAACAAGUGCUAAGGACAAUAUCAAUGUUGAAGAAAUGUUCAAUGCCAUCACGAAGAUGGUUUUAAAGACAAAAAAAGAACAGAAAGAACGUCAACAGCAGAAUAAAGAAACUACUGUUAAACUUCAACGAGGAACACAACGAGGGAAGAAAAAAUGUUGUUAAUAAUAUUUUAUUAAAGGAUAACAGAAGAAAAAUAAAACUAUCAUUUGAUGAAACCUAAAAUAACCUUUGAACUGCAUGGAGUUGGUUGAAUGAGUGGAAAGUGUAUCUGUUUACAGGAACUUGAGGGAGGAAAAAA